ACACUGACUCAGUUGGAGUACUGCGAUGACCAGCAAGCAUCAUAGCCAUGCAGAGAGCGCUCACUCCACAGAAAAGAAGCCAUCCACUGCAUCCCCCAAGCUCCAUGUCCAGCGAUCGCUGUCGAAGGAGAACAUCACUAUCCACUUCUCAGCUCUUGGGAAGGAGGAAGAAGAGGAGGAAGAAGAGUUGUACAUUACCUCCGUCUCAGCUACCUCAGCCAUUCGGAAUGACUCAAACAUUGUGACAGCUUUAGAAGCAAGCGAGGAGAUGUUUGAAGGGGUAACACCAGACUCCAGACUUUCUUUAGUUUCUAGAAAACACACCGACAGUUUACCCACAGACACGCCGUCAUUGGAUGUUGCUGAGAAUAAAGGCUCAACUUCUUCCUCUUCUCCUUCUAAAUCUUCAAGCUUUCCCUCCAGCGACAAACCGUUUCUCAGUUUGGUGAAGUCUCUCUCCUCUGACAUGGAGACUUGUGAGGGGAUCCCCUCUGUUGCUGCUCCUACAGUUAGGCAUCGGCACCUAAUGAAGAACUUUGUCAAAUCUUUAUCUUCAGAUACAUCCCAGGACACAUCCUCCUCCUCCACCUCGUCCUCCACGCCCUACCGUCUUCCAGAAUCCCGCCUCAACCUGCAACUUUUCAAGCAAUUCACACAGUCCCGGUCUGGUGGCACAUCAUCAGCAAGUGAUUCAAAAACAGCCCCUUCCUCUCCGUUGACCUCACCAGACAAUCGCAGCUUUUUCAAAGUCUCAGAAGUGGAGGCCAGGAUUGAAGACACCAAGCGGCGUCUCUCUGAGGCCAUCUCCGAACCACUCCAGCUGCUGAGUAAGAUCAUCGAUGAGAGGAGCAGCAGUCUGUCUAGUAGCAGCCUUUACCGGCCCAAGGCCCUCUCUGCCAGUGCUACAGAGCUCUCCAACAUAAGUUCUGUCAAUGGUCACCCGGAGAGCAACAACAAUUACUGCAUCAAGGAGGAAGAAGGAGGUGACUGGGAGGCAGAGAGCCCCAACAGCCAUGCUCCUGCUGAACUGCCUGAUCCUCCCAGUGCUGACACCGAGUGCCCCAACAAACCCUCUUCACUGUCCAUGUCAUUGGACAAAUGCUCCAUGUCUGCUCUUGCCAAACAAGAGGAUGAGGACUUUUGCAUUCUUUACAACAAAGACUUUGACAUUUGCACAGAGACAGAUGGUGAGGGUGAUAGAACUCUUGAUUCUGGAAGCGGGAGCCCAACUAAAGUGCCACUAAGUGGUAGUACUGAACCAUGCAGUGAAGAUGAAUCACAAAGCAUUGAGCCGGCACCAAGUGUUCCACACUACACUCUCAUCAUCCUUACUCUUGUGGUCUAUGGGUGUUUUGUGUUACCGCUUCCCACUUACGUCGGAGGAGUUCUGCUUGGGAUCGCUCUGGGGUUCCUUUUAGCCAUUGGUGUGGUCUGGUUGACAGGACCAAAACCUUCCGACAGACGCUUUAGACAUUCCAGAUUUCAUGGGAAGUUCUGGAAUCUGAACAAGUUGGACAUUAAGGAACCAGAAAUCUAUAAGGGCUGGAUGAAUGAGAUCUCCAACUACGACCCCGAGACAUACCAUGCCACACUGACGCAGUCUGUGUUUGUCCGGUUGGAGGGCUCCAUCAUUCGUCUUUCCAAACCCAAUCACAACAUUGCACGCCGUGCAACACAUAAUGAACCAAAACCUGAUGUCACCUACAUCAGCCAGAAGAUCUAUGACCUCACAAACAGCAAAGUAUAUGUAGUGCCUCAGAGUCUGGCCAGGAAGCGUGUAUGGAACAAAAAAUACCCCAUCUGCAUAGAACUCAGCAAACAGGAUGACUUCAUGUCUAAGGCCGAGGGUGACCGGUGGGAGCCCAGUGAGAGCCCCAGCACGAGGGACAGAGGAGAGGGCGCAGGAGGAGCACAGGAUCGAAGGUCUUCAUCCAGCAGAGACCUGACCCUCUACCUGUUUGGAAGGACUGGGAGGGAGAAGGAGGAGUGGUUCCAGCGCUUUCUCUCAGCGUCCAAGCUCAAGGCCGAUUUAAAGAAAGCCACAGGCGUUGCAGUGUGCAAGAGCGCGCCCACGGUUCUGAACUCUCACAGUCGCAGCAGCAGCCGGGGCAGUUUGGAUGAACUGGCAUCUCAGCCAAAGUCAAAGGACUCCUCAGCCUCCUCAUCCACAGCAGGCAUUGCCAAAGCAAAGCCACUACUGGACUACAGUGUAUAUAUGGCCUCCAUGCUGCCAAACCAGGCAGCAGUGAGCCCUGCAGCUACCAGCCCUGCUCCUCAGAGUCCUCAGAGCAGCCCGGGGUCUGAUAAGAAGCUUCAGAGCACCACUUCAGCUCCUGUGCAGCCCUGUGUGGAGGAGGAGGAUGAUAAUGUUGCCUGGGUGAAUGCGGCUCUCGGCCGUGUCUUCUGGGACUUCCUGAGCGAGCCCCACUGGGCUGAACUGGUCUCCAACAAGAUUCAGAUGAAACUCAGCAAGAUACGGUUACCAUAUUUCAUGAAUGAGCUAACCCUGACAGAACUGGACAUGGGCUCAGCCACUCCCAGAAUUCUCCGGGCGUCCAAACCCUCCAUUGACUACCGAGGUCUGUGGUUUGACCUGGAGCUCUCCUACAGCGGCUCCUUCCUGAUGACCCUGGAAACCAAGAUGAACCUCAUCCGCCUGGGCAAGGAGGGAGAGAGUGUCCGCUUAGGAGAAUUUGGCAAAGAUGGAUACAGGCCGAGGACUUACUGCUUAGCUGAUAGUGAUGAAGAGUCCUCCAGCGCUGGAUCCUCAGAUGAGGAAGACAUGUCAGAGCUCUCAAAUGACUCUGCAGGAGCAGAGGGAUUUGUUGGAGGUCACAAACCCAGUAAAAUCAUGCGGUUCGUGGACAAGAUCACAAAGUCCAAAUACUUCCAGAAGGCCACAGAAACAGAGUUCAUCAAGAAGAAAAUGGAGGAAGUGUCUAACACACCUCUUCUUCUCACUGUGGAGCUGCAGGAACUCCAGGGAACACUAGCUGUCAACAUCCCUCCUCCACCCACUGACAGGAUUUGGUAUGGCUUCAGGACGCCCCCUCACCUAGAACUGAAGGCGCGACCUAAACUGGGCGAAAGAAAAGUCACUCUGGCUCAUGUUACCGACUGGAUAGAGAAAAAACUGGACCAGGAGUUCCAGAAAAUCUUUGUAAUGCCAAACAUGGAUGACAUAUGGCUGACUAUCAUGCAUUCUGCUAUGGACUCCCGCACAGCCGGCGGACCCUUAAUGGUCCCUGCAGUGGACCCUGAGCCUCCUCAGCCAGAGAAGGAAUGUCCCAGCCAGCUAUGAAGAUUGUUUACAGUAUUUAGUAGAGCCAAAGCCUACGGAUCAGACACUACUUUAAAAAAAAACACUUUUGUGUUAGUGAGUGGGUCUCUUAUCCACAUUAAAGGAGACCAUACUAAUAUUAAAGGACAAUGUAGAGCUGACCAAGGAAAUACUAAAAAACAAACUGUUGCUUGCUGCUCUGUUUGAGUAUUUAUCUUGCCAGAGGAAAAGCUUAUUUGGCUGUGAAGGAUUUGUACAAUCGUAAGGAGCUAUUGAAUAGGGACAGAUGAAGAAAGUCAUGUGUCUCAAUGUGGGAUGCCUGAGUUAUUAAGGGGAAUAUAUAUGUCAUUAAGUAAUGUUGUAUGGCCAUGUUAAUGUGAACGCAUUCACCAGAUACCUUACAGGCUGCAGAUGAGCAGUUUGCUGGAGUGAAGAAUGCCUCUCAAAAUACAACAAAGUGUAGAGAACGGUUCAGAGUGAAGGAUUAUUUAGUGAAGAAGAGUAACACUUUAAUUGUAGAAAUGCAUUAAAUGUUAUCAGAUUUAAAAAAUGAUUGAAAGAAGCUACUUGAUGUUAGGUUUAUAUGCUAGAAGAAACCUUGAUCCUUAAAGUGUCAUGAUGUCAACGGUAUUUGAUCAGGUGUUAACAGUUAGCAGUAUUCAUUCGAGCUGUGACCACACAUUGAACACCCACCUUAAUUUGCCAACACCCCCCUUUUUCUUUUUAUUAUACCGAUGAUAACCUUAUCCAUGUCUACAAGGAAAUAAUUGCUGAGGAGCAGACAUGUAUUGUCUAGGAAAAGUGUCAUUUUGGUAUAAAAUGUCUCCACUAAAGACAAGUACAAAAACACAAUAAGUGCAAUGAUAGAAACGCUGCAUAGGCUUUAGUAUGAUCUUCGUAUGGAUGUAAUAUAUAACUGAAUGUCUGAUGAGAAGUACGAGGCCUACAACAUGUCUAUUGAAUGUAUAUUUGGAUAGUUUUGGUUACUUGUAGUUGUAUGACAACAAUUUCCACCCAGUUACAUUCUCACUGGUAUGCAAAUUAUUAUGCAAAGUACAAGAUUUCUUUUUGUUUGUGAUUAACACUAUCUGAUCUUGCAUACCUUUUUAUAUCCAAAUGUGUCAACCAAUUGUUUUGUUUAUGGAGUUCCAUGUGGUGUAUUUUUUUGUACAUCAUUUCUACCUUCAUGGUGUUAAUGUUUUCAGCAGAUGUGACUUUAAAUGACCAACUCUAAUACAUGACAGAGCUUUAAAAACUCCAUGCUGUGUGUAAAACAAUGAGGUUGAGGUACAACUGUAUAGUAGAGCAACUUUUGCCAAGAUUGUAUAGUCUUAACUUCAGGUCCCUUUUCUAAUAAAAUAUUUUAAUCUGUGGCAACCCAAACUCCUUAAUUAGACCUCUGGUGUUGGAUCUGUCUCUGCUCAAAGGUACACACCUCUAAUUGAUGUUACAAAUGUACUACAAUGCCUUCAUUUACAUUGUUUACAGUAAUUCUUACCUUGUUUAAUUUUGUUGCUCUCUUAAGAUACUAAAGCUCUGUACCACACAAUAGAUUUGUUUCUGUAGGACUGUCUAAACCGUAAUGCCUUGGUUGCUUUUUUUUGUUUAUGAAUGACUACAUGAGAUGGGUUAUGGUUGUAUUUUUGUCUACUGCUUUGGAAUAAACAGAAUUAAAUGAGAUUUUCGAGGAUAUAUGAAGACAUGCCAUGAUUUGUCUCUGUGAAUUAAUUAUGACUUUUUACAAUUAUCAAGACAUUUUAAAGCCAAAUUCAGUGAUUAUGUGUUUUAUGCUUUAUUUAUAGAGCAAAAAUAAAACUGUCAAUGAAA